AUGGGUAACAAGGCGCUCCAAAUCAAUCCCCCCAACGCCAACAUCAACCUCUCCACUCAUGGCUCCGACUGGUUGUGGGCCGUGUUUUCUAUCAUGGCCGUCUCCCUCCUCGUCGCAAUCGUCGCCAACUUCCUCAGACCAUGGGGCACUCGUCUCUUCCACCAGAUCGCUAUCAUAAUCCUCACCACCGCCAGCAUUUCCUACUUCGCCAUGGCUUCCGAUCUCGGUGCGACCCCGGUCAGGGUAGAGUUCCGCAAACACGGUGACAGCCCUACUCGCCAAGUCUGGUUCGUGCGGUACAUCCAGUGGUUCAUCACCUUCCCUCUGGUUGUCCUUGAGCUCUUGCUCACCACCGGUCUUCCCCUUUCCGACGUUUUCACUGCCAUCUUCAUGUCCAUAGUUGUCGUGGUCAGCGGUCUCGUCGGCUCUCUGGUGCCCAGCACCUACAAGUGGGGUUUCUACGUCUUUGGCGUGGUUGCCUUGUUCUACAUCUGGUAUGUGCUGCUACUGCACGGCCCACGUGCGAGCUUUGCCGCAGACCUCCGCGCUGGUUACUUCAUGUGCGCGGGCUGGCUGUCCUUCAUUACCCUGCUCUACCCCAUUUCCUGGGCGCUCUCUGAGGGCGGGAAUGUCAUAAAACCCACGUCCGAGAUGAUAUUCUACGGCAUCCUCGACCUUCUAGCAGGCCCGCUAUUCCUUUGCGUGUUCCUCUUCAGUCUGCGCUCUGUCGACUACGCGGCAUUCAGCCUGCAAUCGGGCAAGUACUCAGGCACGGGUGGCGAAGCAGGUGCGGGUCCUGUUCGGCAGACAAAGGCGGCUGAGGCUGGCGCUGCUGCCCAAGCUUAA